AUGAUUUGCCCAGAUUUUUUAGAAUUUCAGGACAUCCUUAAAAAGAUGCGAGUAUUGGAUGAUAAGAUAGUGUACACUUUAAAUUCUUCCAUACCCACGGAGUCUUUCAAAAAGAAAGUUGAUGCAACAGCAGUUUGUCAAGAACUAUACGUCCAAAUUCAAAAAGGUCAUGAAGAAAGAGAAAAUGUUAUAAAAAAUUGUAUUGUUGUUACUGCUGAAACAGUAAAAAAAUUGAAAUCAGUGAAAGAAAAUAAUCCAGAGGAUUUCGAUGUCAUGAAAAGUUUAAAAACUGAACAAAGAAAGUUACGGCUUCUACAGACAGAGUUGAGUGUGGAAGAAGUAAUAAAGGAAAAAACAAGUAAACUGUUCAAUGAGAAAUGUAGAUCAUAUUUUAAGCCAAAUGAUUUA